UUCUUUACAAUAGGGGCAAAAUUGUCCAAAAUAUUUGUUUGGACAAAUUUUCCCCCAUAAUAACAAAGACCGGAUCCUCUCCGAUCCAUUUGAGUUCAAAUUCGAUGUUUUACAGGUGAAGAUUAGGUAGAAAAAGCAGAGGAAGCAACCAUUCCGAACCUUCGAGGAACCAGUCGUGGCUGAGACGAAACGUUCAGAAACAAUUCAGGUCUGGAUCCCCUCAUCUCUCACUUUCCGCGUCUUUCACCAUCAACGCCUGGAUGCCGUCGUGUGCGGCUGUGAAGUUUUGAAGCACCGAGUGAAGAUCUGAAGCCCGUCCAUCAGGAGAUGUCGCAGCGGAUUAAGAAAGUGAUAUAUAAUGUUCCUUUGCCCGGUGAUGGAUACGCGACAAAGGCCAUGAAAUUAGUUACUCGUGUUGAAGGGGUUGAUUCGGUCGCGAUAAACAGGACGGCCCAGACACUGACCGCGGUCGGGACAUUUGAUCCGGUUGAUGUGGUCAAGAAGUUGAGGAAGAAGUUCUCCCCCGUGACAAUAGUAUCUGUUGGAGGAGCAGAAAAAUCUGGGAAGAUGAAGGAAGAGCCUGAGAAAGAAAAGUCAAAGAAGGCGAACCUUGAGAAGGCGGGGACUAGCAAAGAAGAGACAGCAAAGGACGUGACAACAGUACCUGUUAAAGGAGCAGAAAAAUCUGCGAAGAUGAAGAUGGAGGCGGUCCCUAUCAGAGAAUGGCCAAAGCCAAAGCCGUAUGAUGUGCGGAAGCUUGAGAAUGUCUACAUAGCCUAUAAUCCUUACCUGAACAAACCUGACAAGGUUGGAUUCUCAGACGAGAAUCCGAACGCUUGUGUAAUUUGCUGAUUUUCAGAUCUUAGAAUCAGCAAAUUACACAAGCGUUCGGAUUCUCGUCUGAUUCUUAAUCUUAUUAAUGUUUAAUGUUGUUUGGAAUGUUAUAUAUUUUUGGUUAGUGGUUUUACUAUUAUAUAAAGCCACAAGUUUUGUUAGGAUGACAAAAACUAGGAAUUGGUGCUGGAGAAAUAGUUUUCUUUUGAGUGAUGAUGGACUGACUGGUUUUGAUGAGAGAAUGUGCUUUGAAUUGAAUUGAAUUGAAAGUAGUAGAUAUUUCUUUUUUUUCUUACAAGUAUUGAUGUAAAGAUCGAGUUUUAAUACUACAAUCUGCUUUGUAAUUUUAUUUU